AUGGUUUCAGUUCCACAUAAGGCAGGAAGCAAACUGGUAUUGAGCAACGGAGCAACUGGGGAAAAGAGUGAAGAUGCUACUCCAGAGUCCGCAACGAAAGCCUCUACGUCAGUCCCGGAAGAAGCUGCUGUAUCAUCAUCUCCAAAACCGGGAGAAGCUACAUCAGAGGCAAGUGGAGAGGUACCUACAGGAGAAGAGAAAGAAUCCGAGGCAACUACGACUUCAGCUGGAGAAUCUAGCGGAGAGGAGCCUUCGGAGAGUCAAAAUGUGCCAAACGUUCAAGCAAACGAAGACGAAGAAGCAACAAUCGUGACAACAUCACCAGCACCUCCACAAACAACUGAAGCCACAUCAACUACAACAGAAGAAAGCAGGCUAACGUCCAGUGAAGCAGAAGGAGCCAGCGAAGCAACUUCCACAACACCAUCCGGGGCUGAAACAUCUGUCACUCCCUCUGCAACAUCAUUGCCGGAAUCGCUUGCAACUGAAGCAGGAGAAGGAACGACGGUUGAAGGAGGACCCUCAGUGGAGCCAACAACGGCAGGACCCAUUGAAGCUAGCGGAGAGGAACCAGCAGUGAGUAACAAGAGUACCUAUCGUUGCAGCCAACGUCGACCAGGUGGCGACCACAGCUACAGAAGAGACCAGCGAACCAACUUCUACAACGACAUCCGGGCUGAAAACAGUCUGUUAGCUCCUCUACAACAUCAUUGCCAGAAUCGCUUGCAACUGUUGAAGGAGAAGGAACGACGGCUGAAGGAGGACUCUCAGUGGGGCCAACAACGGCAGGACCCAUUGAAGCUAGCGGAGAGGAACCAGCAGUGA